UAUUUACUCUGUUCUUAGUCUAAUUAUGGUGCUGCUUAUGGGUUUAUUUAUUAUAAAAGUGCUGCACUGACUGACUUAAAGUGUUCCUUUCCCCCCUUUUAAAACACGACAUUUAAGACCAUCUCACUCUUUCCAGUAGGAUAUAUUGUCCAUUCUUGCCUCGACUUCUUAAGCAUCUUUAGGCUAUUUCUAACCUUCAAUUAAGCGAAGUAAGCGAUACUCCCGUGUAAUUAAUGCAAAUUGGUCGUCUUUAAACAAAGUUAAACCCCGAAAUCCCGAGCGCAUUCAACCCGAGCUACUUUGGGUUCAUCCAUCCCAUUUCCUGGACGAAGACCCUGAGGGAGGGCCAGUGAAGCAGGCAUGGGAAAGUUCUCCCUACUUUUUUCCGAUUACAUCGAUUCUUUUUAAGGAAGGCAAACACAAGCACACUUGUGCUGAAGACAGCUACUGUGAGGAGCGGAGGGAGGUAUUCAAAAAGUAGACUGUUAGUGCGCAGACCAGUCCGCCAGUAAGGAGACAGACCCAGCUUCACGAGAGAGAAAGGAGCAGAGGAUGUCCAGAGCUGACUGGUCCUUUCUUGAGCACCUGCUGGAGGAGGGUCAGGAGUAUUCGACAGGUGUUGGCCGCGUCUGGCUUACCGUGCUCUUCCUGUUUCGCAUGCUGAUACUGGGGACGGCCGCCGAAUCUGCCUGGGAUGACGAGCAAGCGGACUUUGUCUGCAACACGCGACAACCUGGCUGCACUGCCGUGUGCUACGACAAAGCCUUCCCCAUCUCCCACUUUCGCUACUUUGUCCUCCAAGUCAUCUUCGUCUCCACGCCGACGAUCUUCUACUUUGGCUAUGUGGCUUUAAGGGCUGGAAAGGACAAGAAAAAAGAGGAGGAUGAGAAGGAGGCGGAACAAGGUGUUAGCGGAGGUAAGAGGGACAAUAACAACGUGACUGAAGAUAAUGCAGAAGAGAAGGAGAAACAAGAGGGCGGUGGUAAAGGUAGAAAAGCUUGCAAGGCUCCUCUUGAGGCUCCUAAACUGAAAGGCAGGUUGCUGUGUGCGUAUGUAUUCAGCAUCCUGUUAAAAGUCCUCCUAGAAGUUGGCUUCAUCCUAGGGCUGUGGUUCCUUUACGAUGGCUUCUUCAUCGCAGCAAAGUUCGAGUGCACGGUGUUCCCUUGCCCUCACACCGUGGACUGCUUUGUCUCUCGACCCACGGAGAAGACCAUCUUCACCAUCUACACUCAGGUGAUCGCUGCCAUCUCCCUGCUCCUCAACCUCGUCGAGCUGCUCCACCUCCUUCAGCUUGCCGUCUCCCAUCGGCUGGAGAAACGCUACCGCGCCCAGCGACAAGACUACCUACCUCGGUCAGAGCAGCUACCGGCCCGACAGGAGGCUCCAGAACUCCAAACGGAUGCGUCGCAGUCUUACAAAGCAGGGAGCCAUGUUAACCUCCCUGUUCAGGGUGAGGCUGCGUGCUACCCCAACCCCUGUGAGAGCUACGGGGAUCUGGCGAUAGAAGUGAACUGGGGACCUGGGGAGGCCGGGACUGACCUGCUUCCCAGUUAUGUGAACUGCAUGGGGGCUAUGAAGACAACCCAUUCCCCUAGAGUCCAUUAUAAGAAGCACGCACAGCACACUGGGAAGAACACAAAGGUUACCCAUAAGGGACACUCAAAGCAGAAGCAUUAUGUAUGACCCAGUCAGAUGUGGUGAUGUGCUUAAGACCAUGAGGGCUUUGUUUGGUUUCUGAGUCUUUCGGUUUUUUCAACCUAUCCUGCACAUGACACUUGACUGUCGGGGGUGCACAGUGAGAGCCCAAACAAAGAACAACUACUGCACUGUGAACUUGAUGCCUACGAGGCAGGGAGACCGAGAUUUACCAGAUAAAUGGACAUUUUCAAAACACUCCCCAAGGCAAAGAAAAUGAGACUCCACAAUGAGAGGCGAUGGCAGUCAUAAGAUGCCUUGAUGUCACAUUGUAUGGCUUUUAGUGCUGAAUGUGACAGUGUGGAAAAAAAAAAAAAAAAACCUGUGCAACAGGAGGUCUGCAGAGAGGCUAGGGAUAUUGUGCGAGUGUGUAUGGGAGAGUAUGCAGUACAACCAGAUUUAAGCAUAUUCCUCUGAGAUUUGCACCCCUGGAGUUCUUUGAAACCCCCCUUCUUCUCCUCCUCCUCCUCUCUCUCUCUCUCUCUCUCUCUCUCUCUCUCUCUCUCUCUCUCUCUCUCUCUCUCUCUCCCAUGGCUCUGUCCACACUGUGGAAUGUACUGGUCUCUGGAUCCUGCUCUGCUCCCAAGAGGAUAAUGGCUGUGUGGACGCAGGCAUGUAUGCAUGCAUGCACACACACAAUGUACUUUUCCCCUUUCACCCAGUGAGUUUUGGUCACUCGAGGGACUCGUGGAAGACAUGGGUUAAGAGAAGCCAAACCAGAGGAAUUCUGGGAUGGUAAAUGGCUUAUCAUAGCCAGUAACCAUAGUAAUUUAGCUAUGAAGAAAGAGGGAGAGAGAGAGAGGACCAGUGCAUACUAGAGCAUGGCAUGAGAGCUGAAUAAUGGAGGAAAGACAAGAAUCCAGUUUGAAAAUCAAACCUUUUUUGAGCUUGAGAGAGAACUUAAAGGUCCCAUGACAUGGUGCUCUUUGGAUGCUUUUAUAUAGACCUUAGUGGUCCCCUAAUACUGUAUC